GCACCUGUGAAUAUCUACCCGCCCCCUUUGCUAAUAUCAGGCUUUACAACAUCUGGUGAGUUAGUUCAAAGUAGGGAAAGCGAGAGCGAGUGAGAACGAGCGAGAGAUAGCGAGAGAGCGAGGGGGAGUGAGUGAUAAUAUAGAGCGAGCAAGAGCCAGGGUAGUCCAGUGACAGUGAGGGCAGCCCAGUGACCCUGAGGGCACAAAAGUGACUGUGAACCCAGCCCAGUGACUGUGAACCCAUCCCAGUGACUGCGAACCCAGUCGAGUGACUGUGAACCCAGUCCAGUGACUGUGAGGGCAGCCCAGUGACUGUGAACCCAGUCCAGUGACUGUGAGGGCAGCCCAGUGACUGUGAACCCAGUCCAGUGACUGUGAGGGCAGCCGAGUUCCAGCCUGAGAGGCUGAGGGAGGGAGUGAUGUCGGGAGUGGAUACGGUGGGCUUUGUUCUGGGUGUGAGCGGUUGGGUCCUAACUGCCGUGUGUCUGGCCAACGAGGAGUGGAAGGUGUCCACGCUGGAUGGCAGUGUGAUCACCACCUCCACCAUCUACGAGAAUCUAUGGAAGAGCUGUGCCAGCGACUCAACUGGAGUCUACAACUGCAGAUACUUCCUCUCAUUGUUCGGACUGAGCAACUAUGUCCGUGCCUCGCAGGCGCUGAUGAUCAUUUCCAUCAUCCUGGGCUUCUUGGCUGGGAUCGUGGCUCUGCUGGGGUUACAGUGUGUGAAGGUGGGCAGCUCAGACCCCCUGGUCAAGGGAAAGAUCGCACUGGCUGGGGGCGUCACCUACAUCAUGGCCGCUCUCUGUGCCAUGGUGCCAGUCUCCUGGUACGCCUUCAAAAUCACCAUGCAGUUCUACGACCUAUUCUACCCGGGCACCAAGUAUGAGAUUGGGGCGGGGCUAUAUAUCGGCUGGGCGGGAAGUUCGCUGUCUCUGAUUGGUGGAAUCCUGCUGUGCUGCUCGUGUAAAUCAUCCAAUAGGAAAAAAGGGAAUUACCCGGUGAGUUACCGGCUGGGACGCUCGGUGUUGGGGCCGGCCUCUCGCAAGUGGGGCUCGGAGCUGGACGACAGCAACUACAAUAAGAGCGCACGUGGAACAAGAUGAGGCAAGGAGACAAGCACAGAGCACAGCAACGCACAGCACAGCACCUCGUUCAAGGUCCACCUCAAGACCUUCCUCUUUGACCGCGCUUUCGGUCACCUCUGUACAUAUAUUAUAGACCCGGAGAUAAAGGAUUUUCAAAGCGUC